CCAUUAAACAAAAAACAAAAGCAACUCUUUCAUUCCAUGGAACCAACCCAAAUCUCCCCUUCCUCAAACCUUCAUAAUCACCCUCCAGUCUUCUUUUCAAACCCAAAUGAAUACCAACAACUCGAAAGCAUGUUCGAAAAGCCCUUAACCCCCAGCGACGUGGGCAAGCUGAACCGCCUUGUUAUUCCCAAGCAACAUGCGGAGAAGCACUUCCCCUCGGUCGGCGGUGACUCGCUCGAUAAAGGCUUGUUGCUGAGUUUCGAGGACGAGUCGGGCAAGUGUUGGUGUUUCCGUUACUCGUAUUGGAGUAGUAGCCAAAGCUACGUGUUGACCAAAGGGUGGAGCAGAUACGUCAAAGAGAAGAAACUCGAUGCUGGUGACGUUGUUUUGUUCCAACGACACCGUUUUGAUGCCGAGAGAUUGUUUAUAGGGUGGAGGAGGCGCGGUGCAGCCGUGGAUGGAGGGAACGCCGUCAUGGGAAGUAACAGCGGCGGUGGCAAUGAACGGUUGUGCAGUAGGGAUUUGUAUGAAGGGUAUCCUUAUCCUGGGCAAAUUCAAGGGCAAUGCCAUGGGGCUAACGUGUCAUACCAACAUGAUUGUCUGCGUGCAGGAAGCAUGGCUGAAAAUCAAACCCAAGGUGGGAACCCAAAGAAACUAUUUAGGUUAUUUGGGGUGAACCUUGAGUGCGAGUGCGAGUGCGACCUCCAUCACUCAUCUCAUCCAUCCAUCCACCACUUUUACUCCCAAUCCUACGCUCCAAACCCCCUGGAGAGAUAUGAAGCAGAUGGAAAAUCAAAGAGGAUAAAGAUUUCAAGAUGUUGA